ACUCAGUGGAACAUUUAGUUGAGAACAUGUUUGCAGACAAAGCGUUCCCAGAGUCCCAGCUCUGCUAUUAUAUUUGUUUUGCCAGCGACAAACAAGAGUUUCGGAACGUUCCAGCCUAAGUGAAUGCAAGUUAACGUUCUUUCAGUUACAAAGCGCCAACACAUGAAGGAGCGUUGGACUGUAGUGCGCCUGCUGCGUAAAUGUGCGUCAGGAGCGCUUUUGUCAGUCUCAAUUGUCCUGACGUGACAGGCCGAAGUGAGCGGACCCCUGGAGUGGGUACAGAGCUCACUCAAGUCUCUCACGGACUCCCGCGGAGGGGGAAGGGAAGGGGACAUUGAACUGAUCCCAGUCAGGGUCUGGUGAGACGCCCGGAAGCUCCCAGAGCCAAGCGCUUGCGCAUGCUCACAUCCCGCGGCCUCUUACCCCCAGAAAUAUUCCAAGUAUGUGCAGGCAGCGGAGAGGCGCACACACAUCGACUGAAGGGAAAGAGCAGAUACGCACAGAGCGCUCAGCAACAGGGAACGUGUCCGAGCGCUAGAGGACACACAACCUCCUCCUGGUUGGGAGAGAUAUGGAGCUCCGUGAUUGUGGAACACGGGGAGCUGAGGGGGAAGCGAGCCCGCAGGCUGCCGGCUACUGCUCUCUGCCCUGGGGAAUGUCCUGCUGAAGCUGCGGGGCAAACAGGGGAGGAAUGGCUGAUCCUCUGCGGAGGACUCUAUCCAAACUGCGGGGGAAGAGAUCCAAAAAGGGGUCGGCGGGGGGACUUGGAGCCGAAUGUAACGGAGAAGGUAAAGAGCAGCACGGAGGGGGCACACGGAGGGGUCGUGCAGAGGAGAGCGCUGGGGAGGGGAAGGCAGGGCCACUAGUGGGCUGCGAGGGGCAGAGUCUCGGGGGGCGAACUCCAGCAACUUCCCGGGACUUUAUGGCAACUGCACAACCCGGCCCGAAAAGCACAGAAGGGACAAUGGGCUGGUGUAGCCAGAACCACAAUAAUAACAAUUAUGCCAUGCUGGGGGAGACGCCAGUCAGCAGCUCGGGCACAGCAGGGCUUGUCCUCACUAACACGCACAAUUCCUAUUUGAAUGGUCUAGAAAUUGGGUACAAUGGGGUGGAUAGGGGGCCCCAUUCCUUACAGCACCCUGUGUCUCAUGGGAUUAGUACUAUUAAAGACAAUAGGGUGAUCUUACCCUAUGGGAAAUAUCAAAAUUGUAAUCGGUCUCCUCUGUAUCCCCCUGGAUAUCCCCCAUAUAGCAAUACCUCUAGUACUGAGAAGCAGUGGCUAUCACCCCACAGUGCCCCUGCCUCUUCCUGCCCUUUGACCUUCUUUUACCCUCAAUUUCCCCAGGCAAGGGCUGUCCACGAGCCUCAAACUGAGUUUGUGCCCUCAACAUUAGCUCCCAGUCAUCCUAGUGUGUUAGGUGGCAGCCACACUAUGACCACAGAAUACAGUGCACCAUCGCAUGAUUACUCUGAAUUAAUGGCUCCCUCUUUCUAUAGAAUUGGCCAGAGCCACUCAGAGGAUAGUGAGGAAGAUGAUUAUUAUGACAAUGAGAAUCUUCUGGUCACGGCAGUGACUGAACCGCAAUAUAAUAACAUGUGCAUAGGGCCUGAUGGGGUUUCACCUGGGUCUCAACAGCAGAACAGGGCUGUUUCAUCCCAAGGGGAUUAUUCAGGAGACCAACAGAGUAAGGGCACUGGCAAUAUCUAUCUAGAGACUGACAGGCUGAGGUCUCAGUUGCAGGAGGCGUAUUACUUAUUAAUCCAUGCCAUGCAUGAUUUACCUCUUGAAAACCAUACCAGCAAGGUAGCUGCUAAGGUAGAAAGGUGCCCCUCCAGCUCCCAGUCCCAAGACAGCGUUUAUUCUCAGUCUUCUGUCCGAGCUAUAGAAAGUGACGUUUGGUCCUCUGAUGAGACAAGUCCAAAGCAAGUGUCUCAGAGUGACCUGGUGUCCCUUAAUGCAUUGCAAAAUUUAGAAAUUAAUAGAUUCCACAGCUGUAGCAAAAGUUUAGAUGCUAUAUACUCCAUGCCGAUUCAUGAAACCUUGCAGAAGUUUCAUAGUGAUAGUUUAAUUAAGUACAGCACACUAAAUAGCUCAUCAUCUCCAAACUGUGGCAUCGAAGAUAGUCAGGGUUCUGUUUGCCACCAAGUGGACACAUAUAUGGACUAUGAGAGGGAUGUUUGCCCCCAAUCCACUACCAGAACCAUCAGCAGUGGAAAUUCUGGGCUUUAUAAUCAGACCCAAUCUGAUUACCUUCAUGAAGGAAAACCUGUCUAUGAACAUGUGACAUGUAACACUGUUCCAACUGAUAGCCAGGGCUUACAAAAACCAUCUGGAUUAACCGUAAAGAAGAUGCAGAAAUGGAUGUACAAAGGACGAUUAUUAUCUUUGGAAAUGAAGGACCGAAUUAUUGGAUCCUCCCAAAGAACCACUGGUUCCUGCAGACUGACUUCUGAUGGUACAAGCAACAGUCCUGAACUUCCCCAGACUAGUUCAUCACUGAAAAUGCCUGGGGAGAGCCAAGGACCCCUUGUGACAGAUUUAAUUGAAAAUAUCUAUGCUUCAACAGUCGUCAGAAAAGAGCUCAAAGUCACUGAGGCAAACGAGCACAAUUUACAGAAAAACCACAUCACCGUGUCAAAGAAACGGAGUUGGUUAAUCCAGAGUAGCCACAAGUAUCCGCAACGGGACGAAAAUAAUGGCCCAAAGAAUCCACUUGACAGUAACCAGAUGCAGAACUCUCCCAGCUUUAGAGUUAAACAACAGCAAAUGUCGGCCUCUGUGGAAAAACAGAGCUGUAACAGAACCCAAGUGCCUUGCAAUGAGGUUGUUCAGCCAACCCCUGCAAACCUCUUAGUGCUGCCCAACUGUGUCAUGGACCACAAUGAAGAAAAUGAUGCAGACGAUGAAGGAGAAAUUUGGUACAAUCCCAUCCCUGAAGAUGAUGAUCAGUACCCGAACACAGACAAGACUUCUUGCCAGAUUGCUACUGUUACACGAAGUGAUUUAUUGAAAACAUCAGGGAGCCCUGGAGGACUUCCACGUUCUGCAGUAUGUGUGGGGGAUAUGAUGCAGAUGUCUCCUACCAGUGAGAUUAAUCAUACAGAUGCCUUACAUUCCAAUGACUAUUGCGUGCAGCUGCACAAGCAGAACCUUACAUCUAAAGCUCAAAUGGCACUAGCAGAAGAAUUGACUCUGGCCCCUAAAUCUAAUGAAUCAGGUACUGGUGUCCAGAGCCCCAUCAAGGCCAUUUCUUCUACAGCAGCAGAAUUUUCGCCUCCAUCUAGUCCAAACCCUUCCAAAAAGGGGGGAAGUAUUAAUUGGUCAUUUCCCGAUAAAAUUAAAUCCCCAAGGACUGUCAGGAAGCUGUCCAUGAAGAUGAAGAAGCUACCAGAACUUAGCAGAAAGAGGAGCAUCAAAGGGACAUCAAAUGCAGACCAUGCCCCUUCUGCGUCAAAAAGUAACUGCCAAAAUAUAAGCCGUACAGCAUCCUUAUCUUCCUCGGGAAACGCAACAGCUGCUGCCAGUAGGAAUGUCAUUAGCCGAUACCACCUUGAUAGCAGUGUGUCAUCCCAGCAAAGCUACAAGAAGAAAAGCUCUGGGAGCUCCAAAUCCUCAAGCAAAGGGGGAUACCUCAGCGAUGGUGACUCCCCUGAGCUUAUAGCAAAGUCAGGUAAACACGGAGCAGACAAUAGGGCCACAAAGGGAAAAGAAGCACUUGCAGGCGGUAACACAAAACCUGACAUAGACAUUGAUGCAUUUCGGCAUUAUAGCUUUUCGGAUCAGCCGAAGUGUUUUCAGUAUAUAUCAGGACUCAUGAGUCUUCAUUUUUAUGGAGCAGAGGAUUUGAAACCUCCAAGAAUAGACUCGAAAGAUGUAUUUUGCGCAAUCCAGGUUGAUUCAGUAAAUAAAGCAAGAACUGCUCUUCUUACAUGCAGGACAGCUUUCUUAGAUAUGGAUCACACGUUUAACAUUGAACUUGAAAAUGCACAGCACUUAAAGCUAGUCGUGUUUAGUUGGGAUCCAGCACCUCGUAAAAACAGAGUUUGCUGCCAUGGAACUGUUGUGCUCCCUGCACUUUUUAGAGUGACAAAGACACAUCAGCUAGCUGUUAAACUGGAGCCCAGAGGGCUCAUCUAUGUGAAGCUGAAUUUGAUGGAACAAUGGGAAAAUUCCUUGGACCGCCCAGGAGUGGAUCGGGAGCCUGUUGUAUUUGGUGUCGAGGCUAAAAAAGUUGUUGAUAAAGAAAAUGCUGGGCUCAUGGUACCGCUGCUGAUGGACAAGUGCAUUAAAGAGAUUGAACAGAGGGGAUGCCAGGUUGUGGGAUUGUAUCGUUUGUGUGGUUCUGCUGCUGUGAAGAAAGAACUUCGGGAGGCUUUUGAAAGAGACAGCAAAUCUGUUGGCCUGUGUGAGUCCCAGUAUCCAGAUAUCAAUGUUAUAACAGGAGUGCUUAAGGAUUAUUUGAGAGAACUGCCUUACCCUCUUAUUACAAAGCAUUUGUAUGAAGCUGUCCUAAAGGCAAUGGCUGAAAAACCUUUGAAAAUCACUUCAAAUGGUUGUGAGAACGACUCCAGGGACUCUGAGAACACUGUUGGUCUACUGGACUGCCUGCCUGAUGUGGAGAAGGCGACACUGAAGAUGCUGUUGGACCACUUGAAACUGGUUGCCUCUUACCAUGAAGUAAACAAGAUGACCUGCCAGAACUUAGCAGUUUGUUUUGGUCCAGUUCUCCUGAGCCAGAGGCAAGAAACGUCCAGUCACAACAACAGAGUCUUCAUUGAUUCCGAGGAACUUGCUAGUGCCCUGGACUUCAAAAAACACAUAGAGGUCCUUCACUACCUACUACAGCUAUGGCCAGUAAAGAAUACAUCUGCCAAAGAACCAGCUCCCAACAGCACCCUGGCUGAGCAGCAACCUUGUCUGCGCAGGAAGAAACCUCGUCCCCAGAUGCUCAAUUUAAGCAGCAGUGAAAUGUCUGGAGUGCUGAGGCCAAGGGUCAUCAGACUAGAUAGCCCUUCCAGCAACCGCUAUGCAGGAGACUGGAGCAGCUGUGGAGAGAGCUAUUUCAUUUGCCCAAAAGAGGAAGCGGAUUAUGACGAUGUGCCUUCUGAAGACACAGGCAACCGAGGAGACUUUGUCAGGAGCCAAGUAGAAGAUGUGAGCCAUUAUCCGGUAACCAAAGAACAUUCACUCAAAGCUUUUGUAUCAUUGAAAGGGGAUGUAACGGAGGAACAAGAUGUGAACCUGCAGGACUUGCAAGAAAGCAUUGACACGUUGCUAGGAAACUUGGAGCAGGAACUUAAAAAGAACAAACAGAAUGCUCAUUAAUAACUCACUCCUUCAACUUCUUCCUGAUGAGAAUACCGCAGUAACCAUAAGUAUCUGGCCGUCAUUCCGUGACAUUAUUAAUAUUAUUAUUAGAACUUUUUCUUCUUAUUAGAAGAAUAAAUGUAACUUAACCCUUUGGGGUGUACAAUUUCAACAGCAAAAUUUCAAUUUUGUGCUUUGCGGUACAUUGGUUGUAAUGCAUUACAGUGCACUUAAGCUUGUGAAUUCAGUUAGGCCAGAGAGUCUUUAUAGACACAUGCAAUGGGACGCUAGACAACGAAACACUACUUGGUACGUUGAAUUCGGCACAGGUAGGCUUUUGUUCAGUUCUUUGCAGUGCAAAAGCUGAUGGGGUGAAUGUUUCUCUGUAAAUAGGCCUCAUGCUUAUUGUGGAGCAAUCGGCUGCAGGCCUGAAAGUGAAGGGGUGAAAAUAUGCAUGUACAGAUGCGAGGAAGUUAACGUAUUUCUUAUUAUUAACACUAUAAAUAAUUAUUUAAAAAUGCAAUAAUGUAAAUCUUAUUUUUCUAAUACAUACUGUAUUUUUUGUAAUUCUCGUACACAUUGUAGCGACAGGUUGCGUAUUUGAGAGAGUUUUUCAUAUUGCCAUUAGGCUCGGCACACUCUAAAUUUAUGUACAAACCGUUCCUGCACAGCACAAUUUCCAGAGUGCUUUUGGCAAACUAUAUGAAUGGUAGGAUAUUUUAAAAACAUUAUCUAGGGUACCUGUUUUGUAUUUUGUUGUUGUUGUUUUAAAAGAGAAGAUGGCAGGCGAUGUGUAAAAACAUUUAACAUUUUGCAGACCAUGUCUUCUGCCAGUUGUCAAAUAUAUAUAUAUAUAUAUAUAUAUAU